CGUGAGAAAAUAUGAACAAGGCUGAGUCAACAACCAAUCACAGCAAAGUUAACGUGGCAGAAUAUGAUUCGCAGAGAGAACUCUAUUUGUCAAGGAAUCCCGAAACAACCAAUCAGAAGCCUGCGUUUGUCUACCUAAACAACCAAUCAGAUGACUGCGCUUGUCUAUAAUAAUGUAGUUGAAAGAUGUAUAAAUACGUGUUGAUUUUCAUAAUAAAACGAUCUGUUGCCUGGCCCUUGUCUUCUGUUGUUACAUUUGGUGUCGCUGCCUACCGACAAAUGAAAAGCCUAUACCCUGCAGUUUUUGAUGGAGACAUAUGGAUCUUCGGGCAGGACUUCAAGGCUUCUGCGCAGUUGAGUGGCGUUCAAGAUCUGUCAGCGAUGGAGCUGCUACUUGAGACGCUGCUGGGAGGUCGGGCGAAAGCAGCAUAUGAAGGUGUGGGCCGAAGUAUGGACGAAUGUUCGACAGGGUCAGGCAAACAGUUUCCAAAGUGGGAAGGACCAUAUAUGGUCACUUCGAGAUGGGGUUACGCAGACACAGUCGCAAUGGCGAACAAUGAGAGGCGCGUGAACGUCAGCGAGCUCCAGAAAUGGAUACAGCGAGACAAGCCAACGAUGACGCCUGCACCAAGUAGAUCAAGCCGACUUCAGUCGCACGUAUUUGACGGGGGGACGAGUGUGGUGAGAGCAGGCUGCUAGCCGAUUGGUUGGCACUAAUCUACGUUA